UUGGGCGCCCUCCUCCCGCGCGCAGCCCGCCGCCUCCCCAGCGGGCGCCCGCGGCCCGCCGCCAUGAAGCGGGCGCACCCCGUGUACAGCUCGUCGGACAGCGAGGAGCUGGACGAGGCCGUGGAGGUGGAGAAGGAGAGCGCGGACGAGAAUGGGAACCUCAGCUCGGCGCCGGGCUCCGUGUCUCCCGCCACCACCUCGCAGAUCUUGGCCAGGAAGAGGCGGCGAGGGAUCAUCGAGAAGCGCCGCCGCGAUCGCAUCAACAACAGCCUGUCCGAGCUGAGGAGGCUGGUGCCCAGCGCCUUCGAGAAGCAGGGGUCAGCCAAGCUGGAAAAAGCUGAGAUUCUGCAGAUGACUGUUGACCAUCUGAAAAUGCUGCACACCGCAGGAGGGAAAGGUUAUUUUGAUGCUCAUGCUUUGGCAAUGGACUAUCGGAGUCUAGGGUUUCGAGAGUGCCUGGCUGAAGUAGCCCGAUACCUUAGUAUUAUUGAGGGUCUGGAUGCUUCUGACCCUCUGCGAGUUCGACUUGUCUCUCAUCUCAAUAAUUAUGCCUCUCAACGGGAAGCAGCAAGUAGUGCGCAUGCUGGCAUUGGACACAUUCCUUGGGGCAGUGCCUUUGGACAUCACUCUCAUAUAUCUCACCCGUUGCUGCUGCCUCAAAAUGCACAUGGUAAUACCAGUACCACAGCAUCUUCCACAGAACCGCAUCACCAGAGCAGAAUUGCUGCACCACAUGCUGAAGCUUCCUCACUCAGAGUGCCCCCAAAUGGCAGUGUUGGACCAGUGCUCCCUGUGGUCACAUCUACUUCCAAACUGUCUCCUCCUCUUCUUUCCUCCAUGGCAUCCCUGUCUGCAUUCCCUUUUUCAUUCGGCUCAUUCCAUCUGCUGACCCCUAACGUGCUGAGCCCGUCUGCACCGACGCAGUCAGCAAACCUCGGCAAACCGUACAGACCGUGGGGGACUGAGAUUGGAGCCUUCUAAGGAUGAACUGUUUAGUGAGGGUGGGGAAACCUACAAACCUAGCUGAGCUGGGUUAUGCCACACUUAAAAUUGAAAUUCUUAAUGAACUGGGACAAAGGUACAGUUUCACCUUAACAAAGUUUGUCUAAAAACUGUCUCUUUGGGGUUUUUGUUUUCUACGUUUUUGUAUUAGCAGUUUUUUUUAAAGAAAUAGUUGCUGAAGUUGUCCAAAAAUAAAAUUACAAUAGUGGAUGUUAACACUUGUGUUAGAUCUAUGUGGAGCAUUUAAAUUACUUUUGUAAACGGUUUGUUUCAAAUGUUCCAUUUUGCCUCAGUGCGUCAGACUGCCUUUUAAUGAAGAAAUGAGUAAAUUGCCUGCUGCUGUUAGCAACAGCUUAGCUUAGUUAUUAAUUUUUCCAAAAUCACUCCUUUUGGCAUUAAUAAGCUGUGGUUUUUGUUAAUAUUUUGACUUGAGAGGGUCUAUGAAGAAUUAUUAUUUUUGUGAACUAUAUUUGAGUCUUAUAUUUCUGAACAAAGCGUUGACAAAUCAGAUUGACCAGCUUUAUCUAAAAGCCCCAUUUCUGUGUCUUUUGCAGUGGUUUGAUAUAUUCGGUGGUCUUAUCCUAGUCCCUAGUGAAUGUCUGUUCACAUCGCAGAAUCACUACACUAUUUCUUCUACCAAAAGGAGCAGUAUGAACAAACUCUAGAAGGGAGAGGGAGCAAAAGCCAAAUUACAAGUUACAUUGGAAGUGGGUUUAGUUGUUGGGGAUGUGCUGGGAAACAAAUUGUCACCUGUCAUAGUUUUCUGGUCAGAGCCAAAAUACAUGUAUUCAUUUCAUAGAUUCUGCCCUGAAUUAUAGUGGAGUUCUGUUACACCAUACACUUGGGUAACUGCAGCCAGACUUCCUCUCUGAGCUUCAGAUUUGCCCCUAAAACAAAUCAUGUUUAUAUUUAAAUAGCCAAUGUAAUGGUACAGUGGGAACCCGGUCACUGUGUAACCACAUUGCUUAACAAAUACAUCUAACCAAUUGACUUUUGUAUUGCAUUUCACUCUUAGGCGCAGUUCAGUGCCACUCCUCAUUUUAUAAGGGCUCUGCUGCGUUCUCCUCUGUGCGUGUGUCUGUGCGUGUGUUUGUGUGCAUGUGUGUAUACGUGUAUAUUUUAGUUGAUUUCAUAAGAAUCUUACCUGAACAGGUUUCUUUAGUGAGUUCCACUGGACUAGGUUUGACUGCUCUUGUAUUUGUGUUGUGGCUAAAUAAAGGAGAAAGAACAAAGUAUUUUAAAUAA